AGCAGUAGAAGUCUCUCAGCUUUAAUCACUGAAUCUGAAGCAUGGGUUUCCUUACCAGCCUAUCCAUGGAAACCUGGACUUUACUAGUGCUUUGUGGCACUCUGCUAAUAUUAUAUGGGAUUUGGCCAUAUAGUUUUUUUAAGAAGUUGGGUAUUCCUGGCCCAAGGCCUCUUCCAUUUGUUGGGACAUUUCUUGAAUAUCGAAAGGGAAUUUUGGAGUUUGAUAAAAAAUGUUUUAAGGAAUAUGGCAAAAUGUGGGGGUUUUAUGAUGGCAGACUGCCUAUCUUAGCCAUUCUGGAUCCAGCCUUGAUCAAAAUAGUUCUAGUGAAAGAAUUUUACACACUCUUCACCAAUCGUCGGACUUUUGGUUUAAAUGGAAAUUUGAAGUCUGCCAUCACCAUUGCUGAAGGAGAGAAGUGGAAGUGGUUGCGGGCUACCAUCUCCCCAACAUUCACCAGUGGGAAACUCAAAGAAAUGUUUCCCCUUAUCAAAAACCAUGUAACUGUUCUGCUGAAAAAUAUUGAGAAGAGACUGGCCAAAGAUGAGUCUGUGAAUAUGAAGGGUAUCUUUGGGGCCUACAGCCUGGAUGUCAUCACCAGUACUUCUUUUGGCGUGGACAUCGACUCCAUUAACAACCCCAAUGACCCAUUCCUUGUCCGCAUCAAGAAGCUGCUCUCUUUCAGAUUUUUAAACCCACUGCUUAUCUUAAUAUUGGUGUUUCCUUCUGUUGUGCCCAUAUUGGAAAAAAUGAAUGUGACUCUUUUCUCUAAAAAAAUUCUGGACUUCCUUGUGAAUUCAAUGCGAUGUAUCAUGGUAGACCGGCAAAAGAGCAACAGCAGGGAUCGGAUGGAUUUGCUGCAAUUAAUGAUUGAUUCCCAGGCCACAAAUGACCCUGAAUCUAAAGAGAAGAAUAACUCUCCAAAAGCUCUGACUGAAAUGGAGAUUGCUGCUCAGGCGGUUACCUUUCUUUUUGCUGGCUAUGAAACUACAAGCACAACCCUUUCCUUCAUUGCUUAUAAUUUGGCUACUCACCCUGAAAUCCAGAAGAAACUCCAUGAGGAGAUAGACAGUACUCUACCCAAUAAGGCAGCUCUUACCUAUGAUAUCAUCUUCCAAAUGGAGUAUCUAGAUAUGGUAGUGAAUGAGACACUCAGACUCUUCCCCCUGGGAGGACGCAUAGAGAGAAUCUGUGGGAAAACUGCUGAGAUAAAUGGAAUAACCAUUCCUAAGGGGACAGUUGUGAUGGUCCCUGUCUAUAUUCUACAUCAUGACCCAGAGUACUGGCCAGAACCUGAAGAGUUUCGUCCUGAAAGGUUUGAUCGAGAAGGAAGAAAAUCCAUCGAUCCAUAUGUAUUCCUUCCCUUUGGAGCUGGUCCUCGGAACUGCAUUGGAAUGAGGUUUGCUCUGCUGACCUUGAAGACUGCCUUGAUCAUGCUCUUACAGAAUUUUACCUUGGAGCCCUGCAAAGAGACCCCGAUUCCCUUGGAAUUAGACACUAAGGGUUUUAUGCAACCCAAGAAACCAAUCAUUCUGAAGCUUGUGCCUAGAACUAAACUUCAUGCCGAAGAAUAGAAAACAAGGACUUUACCACAUAAAAAGAAGGCUCUUCAAUUUCCCUAACCUUUUCAUCACUUCCCCAACUACAUUAAAAAAGAAAAAAAAUAACAAUUGGAAAUUUUCUAUGAAAAUGCAUAAGAAAUAUACUUAGAGGUCAUGUGACAUAGUAUAUAAAAUGCUAUGUUUAAAUCCUGCCUCUCACACUUACUAGCUAUGGGAUCAUGUGCAACUAACUCACAACUUUUCCAAUUUUUCUUGGAGAAAGAAACUUCAGUUUCCCCACUGUAAAUUGGAAUGAUAUACCUAUAUUAUGCCACUCACAAGACUUGUGAAGUUCAAAUAUGGCAAUGUGUAGAUGCUACGUCAUUUUUUCACAAUAGCAUUAGAAAUCUCAUGAUCACUAUGGUAGACUUGAGUUUUCUCAACAAUUCACUGAUCCAAGGCAAUUCCAACAAGCUUUGGAUGGAAAGUGUCAUUUGCAUCCAGAGAAAGAACAGUAGAGACUGAAUGCUCAUUGAAGCAUACUAUUUUACCUUUUAUUUUCUUGUUUUUUUCUUAUGAUUUUUCCCUUUUGUUCUGAUUUUUUUCUCCCAACAUGACAUCUGGAAAUAUGUAAAAAAUAAAUGUACAUGUAUAACCUAAAAAUUAAAAGAAAUUUUUAAAAAGUAAAGUUUUAAAAAAAAUUUAAUUAAAUUUUAUGAUGAAAUCAA